AUGAACACUGUGUCUUCCAAUCUCUUAAUUGACAUUGUGUAUGCAUCUGAUGCAUCAUUAGUCUGGGAAGAUCUCAAGGAACGAUUUGAUAAGGUUAAUAGUGUGAGGAUUUAUCAGUUACAUCGAGAGAUUGCUACAAUUGCGCAAGGGAUUGAUACUGUUUCAGUCUAUUUUACAAAGUUGAAGGAACUGUGGGCAGAGUAUGAUGCAAUGGUGAUAUUUCCAAGCUGCUUGAAUGAAUCACAUUCGCAGGCUAGGAGGCAAAUUCUCAUGAAAACUUCUGAACCAACUCUUAAUCAGGCAUAUGCCAUGAUUGUUGAAGAAGAGAGUCAGAGGUCUGAUGUAAAUCAUAACUCUCUGGGAAUGAAAGCCAUAGCUGAAGGAAAUGAUGUUACAGCUCUUUGGACUGCUAAACAUCCACCAAAGAUUCGAUACAAGUCUCCGAAUGCCUUCUGUGAUCAUUGUCACACAAAAGGCCAUGUAAAAAAUGAUUGUUUUUAG